CUGAAAAAAAAAAACACCGGUAAAUUAACAGCCCUAACCGUGCCUUUUGAUCAAAACAUAGAUACAAUUAGUUAAUUAUUUGCAAUCGAUUUCAAUCAAAUUUUUGUGUUUUAGUUAAGCUUCCACUAACUUGACGUCAUAAAAUGAUUUAUUUAAUAAUUACUUCAUUAAAAGUUAAUAAAUAUAGAAAUUACUUCAAUUAUUAUUUGACUUAAUGAAUUGUUAAUUCUUGAAAUAAAAGUGAUUAUCAAUUAUUACUAUUUAUCGCUCAUUAUACGGAGGUUUACUGGCUUGCAAUAUUAUUUUUGGUUAUCAUUAUUUGAAAAAUAAACGCAGUCGUUGUAUACAUACAGAUACAGGGUGUGGACCUGGCCUGCAUACAUAUAUGUCUGUCCUUAUCUUUUUGUAUCAAGCGCUUCUUUGAACAUCCACGAAUGUUUUGAAUAAAUACUCAAGAAAGACAUUUUUUUUAAGGAAAUAAUGAUCAUGUGGAGAAUACGAAGGAACAAAACUAUAUUCCAUUUUAUUAAUAAAAACUUUCAAAACUUUUCUAACUAUGUAAAAAUUGUAGAAGUUGGACCUCGCGAUGGUUUACAAAACGAGAAAAAAAUACUGCCAAGUACUGUUAAAAUUGAUUUCAUAAAUAAAUUGUCAGAAACUGGACUUACAUCAAUUGAAACAACGAGUUUUGUAUCAUCAAAAUGGAUACCACAAAUGAGUGAUAAUUCUGAAGUAUUUAAAAAUAUAAAUAAAAAAUCCAACAUAAAUUAUCCAGUUUUAGUACCAAAUUUGAGAGGCUUAGAGCAAGCAAUGCUAAUGGGCGUUAAAGAAAUUGCAAUAUUUAGUUCAGCAUCAGAAACAUUUUCUCUCAAAAACAUUAACUGUACUAUUGAUGAAAGCAUCCAACGUUAUGAGGAGGUAAUCACUCAAGCGAAACGAGAUAGUUUAAAAAUACGUGGUUACAUAUCAUGCAUCGCUGGUUGUCCCUAUGAAGGGGACAUAAAAUCGUCGGCUGUUGCUAAGCUAUCAGAAACAAUGUUGAGUCUUGGAUGCUACGAAGUAUCCUUGGGUGAUACAAUUGGUAUUGGUACUCCAAAAAAAAUAAAAAAUGUUUUAAACGAAGUCAAACGAAUAUUUCCAAAUCAAGAUUUAUCAAACUUUGCAUUACAUUGUCAUGACACAUAUGGCCAAGGAAUUGGAAAUAUUUAUUCAAGUCUUGAUUAUGGUAUACGUGUUUUUGAUUCAUCAGUCGGUGGUCUCGGAGGUUGUCCAUAUGCUGACGGUGCAUCUGGCAACAUUGCUACUGAAGAUUUAAUUUAUUUUCUCCAUGGUGAAGGAUUUAUUACUGGUAUACAACUCGAUAAAAUUGUGGAUAUUGGCAAGUGGAUUAAUAAUGAACUUGGUAGAAAAAAUCAGUCGAAAGUUGGCAUUGCGUUACUUUCAAAACUCAACAAAUAAAAUAUUAAUUUGAUGCAUGAAUAAAAUUUAAAAAUAUCAAAAAAAAAAAAUUGUUUAUCAUUUUAAUAAAUAAUUCGAAAUGUUUGAUUUUUUUUUUUUGCAAUUUUUGUUUAAGGUUGAUUCCAAGUUCCAUCACGGAACUUAUAUUUAUGCCUUGGAGAGCCCGUAUAUUUUCUUAUUCACGUCCUACAAUAAUUUUUGUAGGCAGUAGGGUUACUAUGUACUUACUGAUGAAAAAAUCAAGUUCUUUAGUAGUUUUGUGUGCGCGAAUACACACUUAAAGCAAAGUUUACAUCGUACAUGAAAUUAAGGUUGUUUUCAAAUGAAUUUCCCGUAAUUUAAUUUUCGAUUUUUUUUCUAUAAUGUUUAAAUGAAAUAAUUAUCUAUUUGGUGGAAUUUUUUCGUAAUUUUCCUCUGCGUCAAAAUCCAGAUAAUUAGUGUCAAAGUUGACAACUCUAACACGCAAGCAUAGGGAGUAUAGAAGCUGUUUCACGUAUUUUUAGACAACGUCAGCCUACAGAUGAAAAGUUCAACAAAUUCAUGCAAUGUGCAUUCAAAAGUACCAAAAAUCGUAGGGGUGAAAAACCUAAAACAGCCGGAGCAGCAUAGAUCA